GAGACUCAUCUCGGCCUCCCAACUGUCGGCUGCAGCCGGCGGGGCUGCGUGUCCCCGGCGCCCAGACAGCGCUGCCGCCAGCCUGUGGCCGGGGGCCGGGCUCGGGGGAAGCAGAGGCCGCGGUGGCCGGACCACGCGCCUCCUGGGGCCGCCCCAGGCCUUAGCUGGAACCGGGAGGGACCUCCCGGAGCUGCCGCAGGCGCGUUAAAGUAUGCUGGGAGCCGUGAAGAUGGAAGGGCACGAGCCGUCCGACUGGAGCAGCUACUACGCCGAGCCGGAGGGCUACUCCUCGGUGAGCAACAUGAACGCCGGCCUGGGGAUGAACGGGAUGAACACGUACAUGAGCAUGUCGGCGGCCGCCAUGGGCAGCGGCUCGGGCAACAUGAGCGCCGGCUCGAUGAACAUGUCGUCGUACGUGGGCGCGGGCAUGAGCCCGUCCCUGGCCGGCAUGUCUCCCGGCGCGGGCGCCAUGGCUGGCAUGGGCGGCUCGGCCGGGGCGGCCGGCGUGGCGGGCAUGGGGCAGCACCUGAGCCCGAGCCUGAGCCCGCUCGGGGGGCAGGCGGCCGGCGCCAUGAGCGGCCUGGCCCCCUACGCCAACAUGAACUCCAUGAGCCCCAUGUACGGGCAGGCGGGCCUGAGCCGCGCGCGCGACCCCAAGACGUACCGGCGCAGCUACACGCACGCCAAGCCCCCCUACUCCUACAUCUCCCUCAUCACCAUGGCCAUCCAGCAGAGCCCCAACAAGAUGCUGACGCUGAGCGAGAUCUACCAAUGGAUCAUGGACCUCUUCCCCUUCUACCGGCAGAACCAGCAGCGCUGGCAGAACUCCAUCCGCCACUCGCUCUCCUUCAACGACUGCUUCCUCAAGGUGCCCCGCUCGCCCGACAAGCCCGGCAAGGGCUCCUUCUGGACCCUGCACCCCGACUCGGGCAACAUGUUCGAGAACGGCUGCUACCUGCGCCGCCAGAAGCGCUUCAAGUGCGAGAAGCAGCUGGCCCUGAAGGAGGCUGCGGGCGCCUCGGGCGGCGGCAAGAAGGCGGCCGCUGGGGCGCAGGUCUCACAGGGGCAGCUCGGGGAGGCCGCCGGGGCAGCCUCCGAGACUCCGGCCGGCACCGAGUCGCCGCACUCGAGUGCCUCCCCGUGCCAAGAGCACAAGCGAGGGGCCCUAGGGGAGCUGAAGGGGCCGCCGACCGCGGCGCUGAGCCCCCCGGAGGCUGCGCCCUCGCCCGCGCAGCAGCAGGCCGCGGCCCACCUCCUGGGGCCGCCCCACCACCCGGGCCUGCCCCCCGAGGCCCACCUGAAGCCCGAGCACCACUACGCCUUCAACCACCCGUUCUCCAUCAACAACCUCAUGUCCUCGGAGCAACAGCACCACCACAGCCACCACCACCACCAGCCCCACAAAAUGGACCUCAAGGCCUAUGAACAGGUGAUGCACUACCCCGGCUACGGCUCCCCCAUGCCCGGCAGCCUGGCCAUGGGCCCCGUCACGAACAAAGCGGGGCUGGACGCCUCGCCCCUGGCCGCAGACACCUCCUACUACCAGGGGAUGUACUCCCGGCCCAUUAUGAACUCGUCUUAAGAAGAUGGGCUGCUGACCCGGCUGGCUCCACAGCCCAGGAGAAAGGACAAGGAGAGGGGGGGAGCUGGGGUCUUGACUUUGGGAAGGGGGUGUUGGAGGGACGGAAGGGGGGAGAAAUCCAUUCAUUACCCCCACCCCCACCCAGGACAGCGGUCUCCCCCCACCCUCUGCAGCCCUUCCCUCCCAGCACGGGCCACACUGAGCCUACCAUUCUCUAUAAGGAGGAGAAGGCAAAGAGAAACCGGAGAAAAGAAAAGGAAAACAAAAAGCCUCCGGUUUCCACCACUGUGUAGACUCCUGCUGCUCCAAGCACCUGCAGAUUCCAAUUUCUUUUGUUGUUGUGGCGGUUCUCAUUGCUAUUGUCGCAGGGAAGUCUUACUUUAAAAUAAUUUCUUUGUGUGUGAGUGACUUGGUGUAAAACCAUGUAGUUUUAAGAGAUCCAGAGAGUUGUACUAUUGUUCAAAAAAAGAGGGGAAAAUGAUGUAAAGGUCUGCUGUAAAUGACCAGAAAAAGAAAAAAAAAAAAUGCAUUCCCAUUCUGGACAUGGUGAAAUCCAGGUCUCGGGUCUGAUUAAUUUAUCGUUUCUGUGUGCUUUAUUUAUGGCUUAUAAAUGUGUAUUCUGGCUGGGGCCGGAGUUCCACAAAUCUAUAUUAAAGUGUUAUUGCCAGUUUUACCCCUUCAA